CCGCUGAUGCAGUGAGAUUGUAGAGUUCGGACUGUAGAGUCAACUGUCAAGUGCAAGACGGCUGCAUUAUGGAGCCGAAAGUAUUGAGUGGUGGUGGUGGUGGCGGGGAGGGGGCUACUGCCCCCCCUCCCUUCAUCAACACUGACCUGACGAGCACCCGCCAGGAGUACUACUUCUCCCCGCCCGCCUGGAUCGAUGCGUGGCUGCUGCGCCAGCUCCGCGACCCGCGCGACACGCCCCUCGCGUACCUGCUGUUCAACAUCAUUGUGCUGGUGGUGCCAGCGGCGGUGGCCACCUUUGUGGCGCCCCCGUCCCACGCACUGGGCGCUGCGUACCUGGUGCUCAGCAACGGCCUGUUCCUGCAGCGCUUCCUGCUGGGGCUGCACUACGCAGAGCACCUGCAGAUCUUCAAGAGCGGCCUGCCAGGGGCUGUCUUGAACUCCCUGUGCCCGUACUUCCUGUGUGCCCUCUUUGGCCUGCCGCCUGGCAUGUACCGCCUGCAUCACAUCUACAUGCACCACUGCGAGAACAACUUGUUCCCCCACGACCUGUCCAGCACGGAGGUCUAUCAGCGCGACAACUUCUUCCACUGGCUCCUGUACUGGCUGCGCUUCUGGGUGGCCAUCUGGGUGGAGCUGCCCCUGUACGCCCUGCGCAAGCGCCGGCUGCGCCUCGCCGCCCACACCCUCGUCAUGCUCGCCGCCUUUGCGGCCGUCGUCCGCCAGCUGUGGCUCUUCAACCACGUCGCCACCAUCUGGGUGGUGGCUGCCCCCAUGCUGGUGGCGUCGCUGGCCAUGAUGUUCGGCAACUGGGCGCAGCACCUCUUCCUCGACCCCGCCCGCCCCCGCAGCAACUACGCCCUCACCUACAACCUGGUGAACGCGGCGGACAACCUGAAGACGUUCAACGACGGCUACCACAUCGUGCACCACCAAAACUCCAAGCUCCACUGGACGGAGCUGCCGCUGCGCUUCAUGCAAACACUGGACAAGCACGCGCACGAGGACGCGCUCGUCUUUGAGGGGCUCGGCUUCUUCGACGUCGGCUUCCUGGCCAUGACGGGGCAGCUCCACAAGCUGGCGGACAGGUACGUGGACAUUGGGCAGAAGCGGCGGUCGCGCGAGGAGCUGGUGGCCAUGCUGAAGGAGCGGCUGCGGCCCAUCCGGGCGAGCGCGCGGCACCAGGGGGCGGACGAGCAGCAGGGCGGGGGCAGGGGCGCGGGGGAGGGGCGGGGCAGGGGGAGCGGGGAGAGCCGCCGACGGUGA